AUGACUGUGUGGAAAAAACUUGAAAAUGAGGAAUGCUACGCCGUUGCUGUAUACAACUACACGAGCAGUUCACCGGCCCACUUGCAGCUGGAAGUGGGCGAGCUGGUGCACCUGCGAAGGGAAACGCGCGAUUGGUACUGGGGAACCAGCCUCCGCAGGGAUAAUAGCGGCGCCUUCCCAAAAAGCUACGUCGUUGUUCGCGACUGCACCGUUGAUAGAUGCGGAGACACAGUGGUCGCAUCUGCCGGGGGAGGCGGCGUUGUCCACGACAUUGCGGUCACGUUGCGCGAGUGGCUCAAAGACUGGAAGAAAUUAUACAUUACAAAUGACGAACGCUUCAAGUUCAUGGAGGUGAGCAUGCGCGCUCUGUUGGAGCUGAGGGCGCAGGCUGCCUCCAGCGCACUGCCGCAGGACCAGCUUAGAAAGGUCUCCAGAACCGCUAUAUUCACAAUCGACAAAGGAAACAGGACGCUAGGCAUGGAGUUAGCGGUGAGGACGCCUAGCGGUCAACUGGUGGACCCGCUCAGCACUUCCACGUACAAACUGAACGCACUGCAUGACGAAGCGAAUGCGAGACUCGAUAAAAAUAUGGAGAACGCGACGGGUGCGGGUGGUGUCGGGAGUGGUGGGGGUGGGGUGGUUCCGGGCGUGCGCACUCACUCACUGGCGGUGCGUGUGCACAACUUCGUGUGCCGCGUGGGCGGCGGCGCGGAGCUGCUGCUGGCGCUGCACGACGCGGCCGGCGCGCAGCUCACCGAGCCGCUACUGCUGCGCUGCCCCGCGCACCAUCUGGCGCCCGCGCACCUGCUCUUCACGGAUUUGGGCAGCGAUAUAAAGAAGGAAAAGGUGUUCCUCGUAUGUAAUGUCGUGCGGAUAGGUUCCAUGGAGCCGCAGAAUGUCGACCACAGACGAAGUUCUGUGGCGCCGCAAAUGCCGGUGGGUGGUGGUAACGGCGGUGGCAGCGGUGGCAGCGGCGCGGGCCGCAUGCGGCGCCCGUUCGGCGUGGCGGCGGCCGACAUCACGCGCUGGCUGGCCGCCGACUGCCCUGACAAAGAGCUGCAGGUGCCCUUCUACCCUUGUGAGAAAGAAAACAUGGAGACGUUACUGAAAAAAAUAAUAUCGAAUCGUGAGUUAAAAGAUACGAAAAAUCCGCUGGGCUUGUGGGUCUCUCUGCAACUCGUCGAAGGCGAUAUAAAGCAGGAGAGCGGGCACGUGCCGAGCGGUGGCGCGGCGCGCAAGCUGGGGCUGCCCGAGGUGGUGCUACCGGGCGACGCGCGCAACGAGCUGUACGUGACGCUGUGCGCCGGCGCCUACUCGCGCGGCGGCGGCAAGUCCUCCGAGCGCAACAUCGAGCUCACCGCGCGCCUCGUCGACCGACGCGGACGUCUCUUGCCAGUAAGUACACUGUGCACAAGCUGUAAGUACACUGUGCACAAGCUGGUGCUGCCGGGCGACGCGCGCAACGAGCUGUACGUGACGCUGUGCGCCGGCGCCUACUCGCGCGGCGGCGGCAAGUCCUCCGAGCGCAACAUCGAGCUCACCGCGCGCCUCGUCGACCGACGCGGACGUCUCUUGCCAGGAGUUAUUUCUAUAAGCGCUAAUACGCCUCUAGUGGACGAAUACACCUCGCUAGUUUACUAUCACGAAGAUAGACCGAGAUGGCAAGAGAUUUUCAAGGUAUGCCUCGAUAUUGAGACCUUCAAGGAGGCACACAUAGUGUUUCUGUGCCGGCAUCGAAGCUCGAACGAAGCAAAGGACCGAGCGGAGAAAUAUUUCGCGCUCUCCUACCUGCGUCUUAUGCAGAGGGAGGGAACCACCACGCCCGACAUGCAACACAAUCUCUGUGUAUAUAAGAUCGACAACAAACGAUCGGGCAGCGAUGUAGAAACUGAAGCGGCUGCAGUUUGUCUCGGUUUGCCCUCUAGAAGGGACGAACUGCCAGCAGGCGCAGAGAAAGGUCUUACUAGAGGUCCAUUGUCUCUGGUUUACCGCGACUCGCUGACUGUCGCCACAAAGCUUUGUUCUACUAAACUUACGCAACGAGAGGAAAUCCUCGGCGUGCUAAAAUGGAACACGCACUAUGCAGCGGGUACGUUACGCACAGCAUUACAGCGGUUGCUGCUCGUUCCCAGCGAGGAACUGGUCAAAUUCCUGCAGGAUAUACUGGACGCACUCUUUAAUAUACUCACACAGGUGGAGGAAGAUGAGGAAGGCUACACGGAGCAGAGCUACGGGGUACUUGUUUUCGAGUGCCUCUUGAGAGUGAUAUCGCUGGUAGCUGAUCACAAGUUCCAGCACUUCCAGCCCGUGUUGCAUGUCUACAUUGACGAGAGCUUCUGCGACGCGUUGGCUUACGAGAAGCUGAUCUCGGUGAUGUCGUGGGCAGUGCGCGCGGCGGAGCGCGGCGAGGCGGCGCUGAAGCGUCUGCUGCUGUGCAUGAAGUGCCUGGAGAACCUCACGCGCCUCGUCGUGCGCAGUGCGCAGCUGCAGGCCGCGCUCGCGCAACCCUCGCACGCGCCCCGCGCGAUACAAGCCCCCCGCGCCGAGUGCCCGCAGCUGGAGGAAUUUCUGGAGGCGUUAGUUUGGCUUAUGCGUUGCGGCGACCACGCCCUCACGUGUCAGGGCUCCGCGUUGAAGUAUCUCCCACAUGCGAUACCGCACGCCAUCAAAAUCUUUCCCGAAGUUGAACUCAGCGCGUACUGCGUGAUGGCGCUGGAUGCGCUGCCGCUGGGGCGGCUCAGCAAGCAGCGGCUGCUGGCGCUGCUGGAGCUGGCGCGUGGCCCGCUGGCGCGCGAGCCGGCCGCCGCGCGCGCGCCUGUUGCCGCACCUCGCCGCCACGCUGCGGGCGCUGCUGCGCGCCUCAGCCGAGGUCUUGCAAUUUUAUUUAAAAAUAAAUUUAAGUUCAAUCCUAAAUCUUCAUUCCGUCUUGUGUAA